AUGCCCAAGUCGAAGCGUGCCAAGAUUGUUCCACUGACGAAGACACGUGCCAAGACGCGGGAGGACAAGGACAAGCUCAUCAACAGAAUCCGCAAGGCACUCGACGACUACACGGAUGUGUACUCCUUCACGCUCUCAAAUGUUCGCACAAACAUUUUGCAGCAGAUUCGCGAGGAGCGCAAGGGUGACAGCUGCCUCUUCCUCGGCAACAACAAAUUGAUUAUGAUUGCUCUUGGCCGUGAUGAGGAAAGCUCUCAGCGACCGAAUCUGCAUAAGCUGUGCAAAUUCCUUGUCGGUUCCUGCGGCCUGCUUUUCACGAACCUGCCAAAGAAAGAGGUGAAGAGCUAUUUUGCCUCUGUUGGUGCACAGGUGUACGCGCGUACGGGGCAGACGGCGACGAGUUCACUCGUGCUGCGCGCCGGACCCCUGCCACAGUUUACGCACAGCAUGUUUGACCACCUGUCGAAGCUCGGCCUACCCCUGAAGCUUGACAAGGGCGUCAUUGUUCUCCUGCAGGACACCACCGUCUGCGAGGCUAACGACACUCUCAGUGCAGAGGCCGCUCAACUGCUGAAGCUGUUUGGUAUACAGUCUGCGGAGUUUAGGAUUGAUCUGACGGCGCACUGGGCAAACGGCGCCGCUAGCAGGAUUGUCGGAAGGAAUGAGGAGAAUGUAACUGGAAAGGCCUAA